AUCUCCCAGGGCGUGCAGACAGCCGGCAGAGCCUGCCACGGUGCCAAACGCCUCGUGCAUAUCUCGACGAAAGGCGCGUUGUCGCGACUCUCAUACACGCUCACACGCCGCUCGCAUAGCACGCGCACAGCACCGCCGGCAUUCUUAACACGCCACCGCACAGCGCUAAGGGAGGGGGGGCACCCAUCCCAAGCCCUCCCUGCAGUCCAGCCCUGCUGCCACUGCCAAACCCAGGUGGAGGGGACAACCGGUGGCGGAGCAUAGCUGCGACUCCGCGCACAAUAACAAGCUGAGCUCCCUCCCUCCCUCUCUCUCCUCCCUCUUUCUCGCACACGCACACGCGUGUGUGUGAGACGACCAGAGCUAGGCUCUCCCUAAAACACGCGCUCCCGACAGCGCAACACGCACUGCGGCUCUUCACGCGGAACACAACAACAGGAGCAGCAGCAGCGUUGGUUCCAACGCACACCACGCACCCACCCACCCACUCGCCGCUGCGUUACACGCCGACAACACACCGACCGCGAAGCACCACCACCACCACCAGGAGAAGAAGAAGAUCCGACCGCAAGUGUGCGUGCCCGAAGCGGUUCUCGGCUAUACGACAACAACAGCAGAACUCUGCUCGCUUCUGGUAGCCGCCUCCUUCUCCUCCUCCUGGCCUGCCCCUUGCUGCCCAGCGGGGCUCCGAGUGAUAAACAGAGCUUCCUCCACCUCGCCGGAGAGAGGUCCCGGCUCCCCGCGUGUCUUGCCUCCCAAGGACGGAGGGAGGGAGGCGUCUCGGAGACCUCGGAUCGCGUCUCCCAUCGCCACCGACGCCACCGACGCCCGCACGGUGCGUGUGCAAUGAACAUGUUGAAGAAGAAAGCACUGCUGUGGCUGGUCUGCGCCGUCAUCGCCAACCUCUUCGUUUUCUUCACGAUGCAGCUGUCGCGGGGGUUCAGCUCGUCCACAAAGAAGCGCGGCACCCCCAUCAUCCCGGCGAGCGAUGUCCCGUUCUGGCGAAUGGACGAGCCACCCAAGGCAUACUGGAACCGUGAGCAGUGGCGGCUGGAGAGGUCCUACAACCCGAUCCUCGUCAAUGGCAGCCAGAGGGGCUCCGUGACCGCGGUGAGCAAACACGAUGCCAACAACUCCGCGCCCGAUGUGUUCAGCUGCGAGCCGAACGUGCGCGCGACGAACGAAGUGGGUGACUUUGAGACGUUGCCACAGUCCUUCAGAGACUUCCUGCUCUACCAGAACUGCCAGACGUUCCCGCAGCUCAUCGACCAGCCGCGCAAGUGCGCGGGUCACCGGCCCUUCCUCCUAUUCGCCAUCAAGUCGGUCAUCGCGCACUUCGACCGGCGGCAGGCCAUCCGCGAGUCGUGGGGGGCGGAGACGUCGGGCAACGUGACCGUGCGCCGCGUGUUCCUGCUGGGCCGCCCGGCCAACCCUGACCUGGAGCCAAACCUUCAGCACCUGCUGGACCUGGAGAGCAAGCGCUACAGCGACAUCCUGCAGUGGGACUUCCGCGACAGCUUCUUCAACCUGACGCUCAAGGAGCUGCUUUUCCUCAAGUGGGUGGAGCAGCGCUGCUCCGACGUGCGCUUCAUCUUCAAGGGGGACGACGACGUGUUCGUGAACACGGACCGCACCGUCGCCCUGCUGAGCAACAUCACGGCGCCGGACAAGGUGCAGAACCUGUUCCUGGGCGACGUGAUCGUCAACGCCGGGCCGCACCGUGACAAGAAGGUGAAGUACUACAUCCCGGAGAGUGUGUUCGAGGGCGCGUACCCGCCGUACGCCGGCGGCGGCGGCUACGUCUACUCGGGUGAGAUGGCGCGGCGGAUCCACCAGGUGUCACGCCAGGUCAUGCAGUUUCCCAUCGACGACGUGUACGUGGGCAUGUGCCUCCGGCGCAUGGGCUUCGCGCCCACCAAGAACUCUGGCUUCCGAACAUUUGACAUCUCUGAGAAGGAGCGCAACAACAUAUGCGUCUACAGGGACCUCAUCCUCGUGCACCCGCGCAACCCGCACGAGAUGAUGGAUAUCUGGAAGUCACUCCACAGUCCCAACCUAAAGUGUUGAUGUAGCUUCCCGUGCAAUUGAUAAUAUCCUUGCCAGAGACUUUGCCUUAGUGAUUUUUUUUUCCCCCUGCACACUGCAAACACCGAUCUGCCGAGGCUGACCAGCGCGAGUGCAGUGUUGGGCAUGACGCACUUCAUGCUGUGGGUGUCCUCCGUGUGGCCUUAUCGAGGCAGUCAACCAUAAAUGCAAAUUUUCGUCUCAACCAAAGGGAGAAAACUUUGUUAUACUUGUCCCAUUCCUAGCACAGGACUCGCUCAGUAUGGUUUUGUAUCGUCACGGGGACUGUUUGCGUGCGAAUAGGGUUGUUUUAAAGAUAAUUAUUAUUUGUGAAUGUUAGUAUUGUUAUAUUUCAAGCGACGUAAGUUAUUUAAUAGCCAUUUUGUUCUAUUUUUGUUAUGCAAAAUUGCAGAAUAAAAUUUUGUAAAAAAAUACACAACUCACGCUUAUAGUUUAACACAUCUUAUAACAAAGCCAUGCCUUUUCUUGCUUAUAACUAUAAAUUAUGUGUAUAUGAGAUUUUGAUAGCAACACUUAUUGAAGAAAUUACACUUGUGCAGGUAAUACUAUAGUGUUGAAUAUCUAUUGAUGUGAAUUGACAAUUUCUGUCACACUUAUAGAUUUUUGGGCAAUUGCGCCCUCGCAUCUAAUGCACUUCAUAUACGAAUCAUAGCAACUCCUAGCUUUAAAAAAAGAACUCAACUAGGCAUGCGAGAAAAUGUCAGGAUGGUCUGCGUCAAGUUUGGAAGCUUCUAUUCAAAACGCAACCAUUCUGCUGUAUAACCAACUUAAUUUGCGUAUAACCAUCUGGAUACUGUACCUGUGUAUUUUUUAGCUAUUUUGGCUCGCACCAUCUGUACAUACUGUAUAGCAGUCGCUUGUAACGUAUUUUUAUGAAACCAAACGGGUAACUUAUUUUUUUUGCUUGUGAUUGUUGAAAAAGAGCGUUGCAAGUUAUGAUGUCACGGCCUUCUGCAGCCCUCGAAGAGAUCGCAAGGUGUGGUGUUUCUGCUGUAGCACAACAUGCUGCAGCGCCACUUCAAAUGAACUAAAACCCAGGAUGCAGCCACGUUGUGGAGGCUAGGGGUGUCCUGCUCGUUCACGGUUCCUGGUGGCUAUUGGUCAGGUUACAGACUGGUUCCGUGAAGUUCCCCUCCCCCCCCCCCCGACCUUGUCACAGAUAAAAUAAUUUCGACUAUUCUGUAAUUUAUAUUGAUGAAUCUACACAAAUAUUGGCUGCCAAAUCUGUUACUGUACUGACCCCACUGUAUAUUUCGGUCCAGUUGUCAGCAUAAUCACCAUUUAUGUUGGUUUGUUGGAAGGAAAAAAAUAUGCAGACUCAAGAAAUACCAUGACUAAAGUCAAAUCAUAUUCUGGGUGUCUCGUGGUCAUAUCUCAAAACACGUUGGAGAUAUCUGGAUACCCACAAUGCCCAGUUGCGCUGCGCACCUGGAUUAAACCUUCACUAUGUCCCCACAAGUAUAGUUUCGGUCCUAAAAUGUGUCGGGUUUACAGAAAAUACAAUUCUCUCCAGCUGUGUGAUAUGAAAAAGAAAAUCCUGAAGAUCUCAGAGGACUGAUGGAGUGCAGUGGAUGGGGGGGAGAUCUUGUGCCUUUAUUCCUGGAUGAACCCAAACCCAACAUUGCCUGCAAUGGUGAAAACGAUGAAUGUAAGUAGGGACAGUGCCUCUUGUGUUGGGUGGGUUAUUUAUAUUAGAGUAAGCUUGCCAAGUGUGGAGAGUUAGCAUUUUUGCAGCCGGUUUAAACGAUAACAUUGAAAAACGGCAAGGGUAACUGUCAACAUUUUAACACUGUUUAUCCGGAAAAAUCAGCGCGAGGAAAAGUUGUGUUUACAAGGGCAAAAAUACUUGAUUUAUUUUAAUUAAAAGCAUUGAAGAUGAAAUACUCCAUAUAACAUUAUUCCAGAGAUAGAAUUAAGGCCUGGCUGACAGUCCUUCAUCGUGACAGAAUAAAACAACAACAGGCUGUAAUUUUGAUUUCUUAAUUGUUUUUGUUUUGUAUGAAUAUUAUUACUAACUUAUCAUUAUACAUUCACAUACGCUUUACACUCCAUUGUUAGGAGCAUCAAAUGGACCUGCCCGCAAGUGGCUUUCAUCUGUCAUUCACAUAGUCAUAUUUUUGUCAGAAUAUUUCCAUCCCACAAUUUCAAACGUUCUGAAUCAACUACAGUAUUUGCAACAGGUUCGGUGCUCAGGGGCCAAGCAGCCUUCCUGUCACGUGGACCUGUCUUUGUGACGUGCGGGACCGCACAUUUCCUUCACCCAGUUUUUACAUAAUUUCAAUCUUGCAGCAUAUGAAGCUACGCAAGACAAUGCUGGGGUGGAGGGUGGUGGGGGAGAAGCCACACAGAACGGUGCAUGCAUUGCACACAGCGCACAAUACACAACGCGCAAUGUUGCUCCAAGCUUCCUCUAUUUGUGUUGAGACCUUCCUGUUACAAUGCAAAGCAGCUAAUAGGUAUACCUUUGCCAGAAACUAAAACUAAGUUUGCUAAAUAUAUUCCCCACCUCUGACUGCACUCCCUCACCCACCGCACACUUUUUAAUCUUUAAUUUCGAAACUCGAUGUUAAAUUAAUAUUAAAAAAAACACUUCCAAUAAUUUUUGUCCAGUUGAACGCUUACAAAUCACUGUUUCUGGAAGUAGAAAAUCUAUGUGCAGCGACCGGUAUCAACUUUAAUCUCGCAUUGUCAGACUACUGUAUUGAUCAUAACAUCUGGUGAAUGAAGUUCCUCUUGGCGAUAAGCCACCGAUGAGAGGAUGGGAACAAGUUAUUUGGACUGCAGUUUGAGGAAACUUAACUUGGCAGGUUAGUCACCAAGCCAUAUUUCCUGUACGUUUUUACAAAUACCAAAGAUAAACUUUUCAUGUUUUGGCAGUCCCAUUUAUAUGGACUUGAUACUACAGAGAUCUCCAAUGCUUUCAUUGCAAUUUCAAAGUUAAUUUAGUCUUCAUAUGCAUCUGUUUCAACGAAGGCCUGCAAAUAUAUCUAAAGCUCUCGCAUAUUAUAACUCUCUUCCACUGUACAUCUGAUCCUUGCCAGGGCAGGUGCCAGGUUUUCCACUGCAGGUGAGCCAUGCCACUUAAGUGUCGUGCUGUCUUUACAUUAUAACGACUAACCAUCACACGCAAUGGGUCUUGCGAGUCCAGAGUAUCACUGAAUUUUUGCUGGUUCCGCAUGGCAAAUAGCCAGUGGAUAAGCAUCCAUACUGAAGGCCCCGUAGCUCAGAUGUACCGGUGGAAAGGGGGGGUUAUGCUAUCACAAAUGGGCUUGGCGAAUGAUUCCUGCCGAGUUGAGUUUUAACAAAUAUUGCAGGUUUUUAUUGGUGUUGAGCCUGGCUGCUUCCAUGCCAUAUGGCAGGUACUGAUGAGCCUCUGAAGGCUUGUGUCUUUUAAUGAGUGCAACCACCUUUUGAAAGAUAUUUGUUGAAUGUUGCCGUUGCAUAAUAAAUGUGUUUUAAUGGUGUGUUGGCUAAGAGAAAUAAAUAUACAUGCACGCAAA